AUGACUGCUGCACCGCCGGUGCCUCAUACUGUCCCCGACAGUGUGAAUGGAGGCCCUCACUUGGCCAACAGUCUCCCACGUUACCAUCCCAUCGCCAUGAACCCCAACCCGCCCUCCCAUCCAAUGCCUCCGCCAGACCAAAUGGUACAGAACCAUCACUUUCGCCAUUUCGCUCCACCGCCGUUGCAUGAUCCUCAUGCUGGCCCUCCACCAGUCCCGCCGUCACCAGCUCCGUCAUCUUUGGACCAGAUCGAAGCGCGAUUGAGGCAGCUGGAGCACGAGGAGAUGAAUCGAAUGGCAACCCGUACGCACCUGCUAGCCAUCCGCAAGCGUGAGGAUGAAGAAUUUCGAAGAAUGACCGAGAGUGCAGAAGCUGAGGAGGAGGACCUCCGCAGGCAACGGAAGAGGCUUAAGAGGGAAUCUAUGGGCUUGGGACCCAAUGGAGCUGGCGACUCGCCUCCAUUGCGCCCUACUCCUCCACGGCGGCUGUCAGAGACCAGUGCUGCUACGACGCUCGCGUUUUUCAAACAACAAAGUCCUCCAGAGCCCCGCCAGACUCCGCUGCCACCUGUAUCACAGACGCCACAACCUCCACCUCAUAUGCCGCCGCCAGUCCACCUUCAUCAGCAUCCCCAUGGACCACCACCUCCACCCCAGCAUCCAUCUCAACUCCCGCCGCAUUCUCAACCUCAACAUCAUGCUCACCCACCACUCCCGCAGCAUCAUCAGCAUCCCAUUGUCGCACACGAUGCCUCAAACGGCACCGGUCCUCUCCGACGUAAACAAAAAUACACCAUCAAGAACGUAGAGGCAUGGGGCGAGCGCCACGGCCGCCCAGCUGCCCACGACCCGUCAGGUCGCGCAUUGUGGAAGCGUCCCUCCGAUGGCAGCCUAGUAUAUCUGACCUGCCCAAUCCAGGGCUGUGGCAAAUCAGACUUCGUCACCCUGCACGGCUUCAUGUGCCAUCUGACAAAGAAGCACAAGGACCGCACUCUAGGCAGCCAGUCGCGCGCCCUGGAAUUAUGUGGCAUUGUCUACGACCCCAAUGCUCCGCUACCCCCUGUCGCCGCACCCCACCGCGGUUCUACCGACGACAGUCAGGGUGGCUCGGCUCUGCUAGACCGUGAGGACGAGACAGGCGAGGGCGACGAGUCCGACUACGACGAUGUCGAGGACUCCGAGCCCUACCCCGUCAAGACGGAGGGCGUGGACCGCGAUCACCCCGUGCGUGAUGUCCAAGCAACGCCUGGCGCGCGGGACCUUUCCCCCUCCCCAAACCCAGAGGCGCCGGCUUCUUUGCCGCCUUCGGAGUCAGUGUCACAGACUCAUACUCCUUUGCCGGAGCCGGCGGUGCCCGCGAAGCGAAAGUUCGAGUAUUCGCCUGACAAGGAGAAUGCCGAGCCUAAUUUGAAUGAGCGGUUUCCUGCUGAGUAG